AUGGUCCGGCUGUCUCGGCAACUCAAGUUCGUCGUCUGUGGUGUGCUGCUCGCGCACGCCUACACUGCAGCAGCAGCUGCUGCAGCAGCUGCAGCAGAGAAAGAGCCUGCUGCUGACUCUGCUGCUGGUUUUCUUCGAAGACGAGAGGCAUCUUCGAGUUCUGCGGAGGAAGUGGCGGCCUCUGAAGGUGAGGCUGCAGCCUCAAGGGAGGACUCCAGCGCCCCGAGGCCUCUGGUUUCUGACCCUUUUGCCUGGGGCCGUUCACCGCCCUUUGGGGAAGAUAUCCCCGAGGGUAGAGUGGACCAGUCGGGGCCCCCACCUGCCCUCAUUACCCCCGCAGAAGCCUCAGCGGGGGCCCCUGCAGGGGCCCCUGCGGGGGCCCCAGAGGGGGCCCCAGAGGGCGAGGAGGGAAAGGCUGAAGAGGGCCAGGAAGAAGGCGAGUCUGGCUCCUCCGGCGAGAGCUCCAGCUCAUCUUCCGAGGCAGCAGCAGCAGCAGAAGCAGCAGCAGAAGCAGCAGCAGCAGGGAGUGGUGAGGGCAGCAGGGGGGUGACUGACAGCUCCUCCACUUUUGCUGACGCGGGGGGAGAUGAGCGGCCCGUGGAGGACUUGGGAAGCAGCGGAGAUGAAGAAGAAGAGGAGCCUCUUUUUGGGACCCUCUUUGACGAAGUGGACUUCAAGGGGGCGCGGCGGCUGGCAGCAAGCAGCAGACGCAAGAGGACCAGCAGCAGCAGCAGCAGCAGCAUCAACUUGAGGAGGGGGGCUAAGAAGGGCCGCCGCAGGAGAGUUGUGCGGGAGGGGGAGUCCUCUGAGGAAGAAGAGCCGGACUGGGAGUUGGGGAGGCUUUUCGAAGGACUUGUGGAAGCAGAAGCUGCUGCUGCAGCACGGUUUGACGAGGAAGGCAGGGAGCAGCAGCAGCAGCAGCAGCAGCAGCAGCAGCAGGGGGAUCUGGGGAAGCAGGCGCUGCGCGAGCUGCUGGGACUGGGGGCGAAGCUCGAGGGCCCCGAGAUCCCCCAGGGCCUCCAGAAGAUCCUGGAGGAGGAGUUUCAAGGAGUUCAAGACAUAGCAAAAGAGGCACUAAAGGGCCUCCAGUCCGAACUGGGGGGCCCCCGCGAGGGGGCCCCUUCCCCUGCAGCAGCUCUGGAGCGGCUGCUGGCUUUUGUGGAGCAGAAGGGGCCCCAGGGCCUCGAGGAGUUGGCAGCUUCUCUGGGCCUGCCGGGGGAGGCGCUGGCGUCGUUGCAGCAGGCAGCAGCAGCAGCAGCAGCAGCAGCAGACCCAGCAGCAGCAGCAGCAGCAACGCCCGCAGGCAAGAAGAUGACUGCUGAGCAGGUGAAAGCUGCAGUUGAGAAGUUCGCCAGCCAACUCAAGACGGCGCUGCAGCCCACGGCGGAAGAGCUGCAGCAAGCUGCUGCGCUGCUGAAGGGCAAAGUGGCUGUGGGGCAGCAGCAGCUGCGCGAAGCAGCAGCAGAAGCUUCUGCCUAUGUCAGCCAAACCCUAAAAGCGGGUUUGCAGGCGCUGCAGAAGACGCAGCCGCAGGUGCUCGAGGCAGUUGCGAGGUUCUACACUGCACUGGAAGAGGGCCCGCAGCAGCAGCAGCAGCAGCAGCAGCAGCAGCAGCAGCAGGAAGCAGAUGGCAUGAACUAG